UCUCCGUUAUCCCUCCGUUCCCCCAUCCACCAAAACCCUAAUAAUCCUAAUCUCCCCCGUACACGACCUCACCCUUCUCACCCUCCUCCUCGUCAAUGGCGAAGAAGCGCAAGCCCGAGUCUGAGGCCGAUGCUCCCUCCUCCUCCUGGGAGGAGGAAGAAGAAGAAGAAGAGGAGGAGGAGGAGGAGGAGGUCGAAGAGGAGGAACUAGAAGUAGACGAAGAGGAAUCCACGGAAGAGUACGACGACGAUGAAGACGAAGACGAAGAGGACGAAGAAAAGGACGAAUCUAACCGCAAGAAGGAGGAGAACGUCGCCACUUCCGCGGCGGCGGCGGCGGCGGCGGCGGAGGAGACGAUCGACCCCUCGGAUCCCGACUCCGUGCGGAAGCUUCUGGAACCCUUCGGGAAGGACCAGCUCGUGGAGCUCCUCACGGAGGCGGCGUUGAAGAGCCCCUCCCUCCUCUCCCGCCUCUCGACCUCCGCCGACGCCGACCCCGUCCACCGCAACAUCUUCGUCCACGGCCUCGGCUGGGACACCACCGCCGACGCGCUCUCCGCCGCGUUCGCCCCCUUCGGCGAGAUCGAGGAGUGCAAGGUCGUCUCCGACCGCGCCACGGGCCGCUGCAAGGGCUACGGCUUCGUCCGCUUCAAGACCCGCGCCGCCGCCAAGCGCGCCCUCAAGGAGCCCCAGAAGCGCAUCGGCAACCGCUCGACCUCGUGCCAGCUGGCGUCUUUCGGCCCCCCGGGCUCCCAGGGUGCCGCCCCCGAGGCCACGGGUCGGAAGCUUUUCGUCAGCAACAUCCCCACCCACGCCGCCCCCGAUCGCCUCCGCGCGUUUUUCCAGCAAUUCGGUGAGAUCGAGGAGGGACCCGUCGGCGUGGACCGCGCCACGGGGCGGCUGCGGGGAUUUGCUAUCUUUGUUUACAAGACCGUCGACGGGUGCCGCAAGGCCCUCGAAGAGCCCAAGAAGAUGUUUGAUGGGUGCGAGCUGCAAUGCCAGAGGGCGCUCGAGGGGCUAAAGCCGAAGACCCCCGCCGGCCCCACCACUCCUCCCACCCCUCCUGUGGCUGCGGCACAGGCGCCCCUGCAGCCAAAUGACUUGGCCCUUCAGUCGUGGCUCGGCUAUAAUCAGAUGGCUGGCUUGGUAGGCCAGGGUCUGAGCCCGGCGACGCCCAUGGCAGGUCUUUUAGGGCAGAAUGCAGGUGUUGGACUGCUGGGUCCGGCAAUCGCAGGGGCGGUGGCCGCUGCAGGGGGUGUGAGCGGGGCAACGCAGCCGCUUUACGGAGUCGGGGUAGGGCUAGGCGGAGGAGGUGGGUUUGGGAUCAAUAGUAUUAGUCCCAGUGCUAUUGCUAGCUAUGGAUCUCAAGCCGCUUUGCAAGGCUUUGGGGCUUACCAAAGCAAUCAGCCGCAUUCGACGGUUUCUUUGAGGUCUCAAUCUGGUAUUGGAUCAGGUGGUUCGAGCUUGCCACCUUACGUUGGGCGCUAGACUUGAGCUUGGAGGAGGCAAACGACAACCUGCUUGUAAUAUCAUGAUGCGUUUUGCUGUUCUCAACUUAUCUGUAACAUUAUCAUAGUUUGUCGAAGAUUGUAAAUUGUGCUGAAGCCCAGCUAUUUUGAGGGAUUUUGCUGGUCCCAAUUUAUGGCAUAAUAAGUAUGAUAAAUUUGCUUGUACACUUUGAAAUUUGAAUUCAUCUUUCUGAGCAACGAUUAGCAUUAGAAGAAGCAUGCUCUUUGAUUUUGCAUAA